UAGCGACUCGAACUCACAUUGAGAAAGUAUGUGAAAAGAGAGAGAGAGAGAGUGAGAGAGAGAGAGAGCAUCAGAAAAAAGGUAGACAGACGCUCUACAGUCAUUUGAAGAUUUUCUAGCGUUCUGUAGACAUCAGCAUCUGUGCACAAGCCGCUGAGGAUUAUUCAUUUUUCUUUUAUUUAACCUUAUGACCAGAACUUGAAUUUAAAUCCAAAAAAAAAAAGACUUUACAGGUGUAUAAGAGAUAAAAGAUUUUGGGGGUGUGAGGGAAGUUUUGAGGACUUUUGGUUUUACUAUUUUUCUCACUUAGAUACUUUUAAGACGAGUUUGUGAUUGUCAUCAGGUUUCCCACGUGCUUCUGUUAGUCUGACAAGUUCACGGCAAUUUGUCAUACUUCCAAAAAAAAAAAAAAAUCCAACAUCCACAGAGGGAUUUGGUUUUUAAAAUGAUGUGCCAAAGUCUUACUUCGACUUAUUUUUAUUUGGAUACAAUUAAUUAAGAUCCCAACUUUUCCUACCUUUGUUGAACUUUUAUCAUUAUACGAGAGAUAAACUUUUUUGGUCAUUUAUUUAGCUUAUAAUUUAGUGAAAUACCUGUAGAUUAAAAAAAAAAAAAGUCUGUGCAGCGCACGUUCCAUUGUAAAGAAAGGCUGAAUCGGCUCCAGCUUUCCCGGACACUCGCUGCAAUGCUCUUCGGGAGUUUGGACCUGGUGUCUGCUCUGGCCACGCUGGCCGCAUGCUUGGCCUCAGUGGCGCUCCUGAUCGCCGUGUCCCAGCAGCUGUGGCAGCUCCGCUGGACCGCCACUCGGGACAAGAACUGCAAGUUGCCCAUGCCAAAAGGCUCCAUGGGCUUCCCUGUCAUCGGCGAGACGUGCCACUGGCUGGUCCAGGGCGCAGGGUUCCAUGCAUCAAGAAGGCAGAAGUAUGGUAACGUGUUUAAAACUCACUUGCUGGGCCGUCCAGUGAUCCGGGUGACAGGAGCAGAGAAUGUGCGGAAGGUGCUGAUGGGGGAACACAGUCUAGUGAGUGUGGACUGGCCCCAGAGCACUAGCACUCUUCUAGGACCCAACAGCCUCGCCAACUCCAUUGGAGACAUCCACCGCAAAAAGAGAAAGAUCUUUGCUAAAGUCUUCAGCCAUGAGGCACUAGAGAGCUACUUGCCUAAGAUCCAGCAGGUGAUCCAGGAGACUCUACGUUUAUGGAGCUCCAACCCAAGGCCCAUCAACGUGUACCGUGAGUCUCAGCACCUGUCCUUUCAGAUGGCUGUCCGUGUGCUCCUUGGCUUCCGCAUUUCAGAUGAAGAGAUGCACUUCCUUUUCCAAACCUUCCAGGAGUUUGUGGACAAUGUUUUUUCAUUGCCCAUUGACUUGCCCUUCAGUGGUUACAGAAAGGGCAUUCGUGCAAGGGAUAGCCUUCAGAAGGCCAUAGAGAAAGCCAUCAGGGAGAAGCCACUGUGUACACAUGGGAAGGACUAUGCUGAUGCCUUGGAUGUGCUUCUGGAGAGUGCCAAAGAGAAUGGGACAGAGCUCAGCAUGCAGGAGCUAAAGGAGUCCACCAUUGAGUUGAUUUUUGCUGCCUUUGCCACCACGGCCAGUGCCAGCACCUCUCUGGUCAUGCAGUUACUGCGGCACCCAGCAGUGUUGGAGAAGCUGCGUGAAGAGCUGCGCAACUGCGGCCUUCUGCAUGAUGGCUGUUUGUGCCAGGGUGAACUGCGGCUUGACAGCAUCUGCAGCCUCAAGUACCUUGACUGCGUCAUCAAGGAGGUGUUGCGCCUCUAUGCACCAGUGUCAGGAGGCUACCGUACUGCCAUGCAGACCUUCGAGCUUGACGGUGUACAAAUUCCUAAGGGUUGGAGUGUUAUGUACAGCAUCCGAGACACUCAUGACACAUCAGCUGUUUUUAAGGACGUGGCAGCCUUCGACCCUGAUCGCUUCAGUGCAGAGCGCAGCGAGGAUCGUGAGGGCCGCUUUCACUACCUGCCCUUUGGAGGUGGUGUGCGCUCAUGCCUGGGGAAACAGCUGGCCACGCUCUUCCUCAAACUGUUGGCUGUAGAGCUGGCUGGGGGGAGCCGAUUUGAGCUGGCCACGCGGACGUUCCCACGUCUGAUCUCCGUCCCUGUGGUCCACCCUACUGAUGGCCUCCGAGUCAAGUUCUUUGGCCUAGACUCCAACCAGAACCAGAUAAUGUCCAAGACAGAUGAGAUGCUUGGUGCCGCUGUGUGAGUGGGAAAGGUGGAGGAAGUGGAUGAGAGAGACAAUUACGGAUAAUGUUAUUUUUCCAGCGGCAAAAAUCUAGUGAGUUGAUAGAGACACUCUUCUUUGUCAGUUACAAGAUGUCAUUUUUGUUUGCCAAAAAUGUACAGUCUAUCUUUUUCUAUAAAAAUGUAAAAGGCAUAAUUAAAAAAAAACAAUAAAACAAAACAAAAACAUAAUACAAAGACCAUUAAGUGAUGCUAAGACCAUUAAGUGAUGCUGUGAGAAGGAGGGCACAGGAUGAACGAAUGUUAAAAUUACGACUGGAAGUUUUAAAAAGAAAGAGGGAUGUAAUGUAGUGUCCAGCUAAGUAGAUAUCACAGGGUAUGGGCAAGUGUGUGCUCACAGUGAAGUGAAGACAUGAAAAAUCAUUCUUAUUAUAGCCUGAGGUCUAGUACAGGGGUAUCUUUCAGGGUUUGUGUGUGUUGUUUGUUUUCAUUUUUGUAUGUCUGUUAAACAAAUACUUAUUUACAUGUACAUGUGGUUUUGGUCAUAUAUGUAUGUGUACCUAUCUGGAGGGCUGGGGUGGCUUCAGGCAUUUAGGAAUGUAGAAAACAGUGUAAGCUAGAACGAAUAUGAGGAGGGUGUAAUUACUCAGGUGUGUAAGUAGAAUAGGAGGACUGUGUAGACUAACCCAAUACUACGUUGUUUCUGUACCUGCACAUAAGUGACAAUUUAUUAUCAUAUUAUUACUUCAGCGUGUGUGCGUGUGUUUGUCUGUCUGAAACAAUGAGAAAGAGAGAAAGAUAGAAAGUAAAAAAAAUGCUCAACCUGUGUGUUGUUAUAAGUGUUUUGUGUUUUUUUUUUUUUUUUUUAUUGAUGUCAUUGUUGAAUUCUCUGUGUUGUCUCCAGGAUGUCAGUUUGCAUCAGGUGUAUGUGUGUCUGAAAAAACAUGAGACUCUCGAAACAAGCUGGGGACAGAGAACAUUCAUACUGCAAAGUGUAUAGUCAGAAAUGAUCACUACAGUACACAAAGUUUGCAGGCCACCAUAUUUGCUGCUUGAGAGUCAGGAUGUAAUUUGUGUGUCGGAGCAGAGCACUGUCUGGCCUCUGCUGAGAGGGACUGUUCUUUUUCCUGCUGCUCCACCUUGCAACACUAUGAUGCAAAUGGAAAAAAAGGUCAUUUGGCAGAGAAAACAGAUUUGCCGAUCAUUAGUGUUGUUUUUUUGGCAAAUGGAACCUUCAAUGCCACUUCACACAAACUAUUUAUGUGAGUGACUUUCAGUGAGAUUAAAAAAAAUUGGGGGCACUACGACCUUUGGUGGGAAAAAAACCCUAUGGAAGACCUUUAUCACUUCUUUCACACAGUCAUGCAUUUUUUGAUAAAACAUGCCACUGAUCUUUUUUUAUUAAUAAUAAUUGAAUGAAAUGAAAAAAAAAUCUGCUGCUUCAAAUGUACCGCUUUCUAACAGGAAGUAGAUAGCUACAAUAGUGUGCAAGUGAGGUUUGCCUGUUCUACAUGCAAAUGAUGAUUGUGUAGCCAAAUAGCGAUUGCGAAAUCAUUGCAUUGUCUAAUAUUGUAACAUUAUUACUAUUAAUAUUAUUGUAAUAAAUAUUAUUUUAAGCUGUAUUUUUGUUAUAUUUCAGAAUAGAGUUCUAGUAUAAAUAAAGUUUGUUGGUAAAUAUUGUUAUAUUUAGAAUGACAUGAAUGGCAGUUAUAUUGUAAACAGUGUUUAAAUGUUAAUAUGGUUUUAUGUUAUUUUAAUUAUUCUUUUAUCAUUAUUACCAUCAUUGCAUUUAGUUAAUAUUAAUAAACACAGAAGCACUUGUGGGGUAUGUUUAUAUUGAGUGCCAUGCGACUACAUGUUGAUUAUUGAGUUUGUCUGUACAUAAUAUUUUAUUUUCUUUUUACAAAUCCACAUUUCACUUAGUUUAAAAAUGAAUGUUUUAUCUUCCUUUUUGUUACAAUGGUUCCUUAAAUGUACUUGGCAAUUUUAUAAACCCCUGUAAUAAACUAUAAUGUGAAAAGCCA